AUGGCUUCCGUCCUUACUGUUGGUCUCGGUGUUGGCGUGGCUGCUUUCCUGGGUCGCGCUGGCUUGGUCGCCUAUCGCCGCUCGAAGGGAGGCGUCAACGCCGCCGGAAAGGCUUUCUACAAGGGAGGAUUCGAGCCCCGCAUGAACCGCCGUGAAGCCUCCCUCAUCCUCGAACUUCCUGAGCGUACCCUGAACAAGGACAAGGUGCGGAAGAAGCACCGUCAGCUCAUGUUGCUCAACCACCCCGAUCGUGGUGGCAGCCCGUACUUGGCCACCAAAAUCAACGAGGCCAAGGAGUUCCUCGACAAGCAUACGUGA